AUGAUAAAAGAAGCAAUUGCUAAAGAAUUCGACGUCGAAAACCAACUAAUCAACAACCCAAACACGACCUUCCGCAUUGUUGACUUGGGCUGUUCAGUGGGAUCCAAUAGUCUCAUUUCUGUUAAUGCCAUAAUCGAAGCAAAGGAUUUUAAAUUUGAAUCAUACUUUCAAGGUCUAGAACUUAAGCAACCUGCAAAACCUGAGUUCCAAGUAUAUUUUAAUGACAUUGCAUCAAAUGAUUUUAACAAUCUAUUUGCGUCGAUUCCAUUAGAAAAGCGUUACUUCACAGCAGGUGUACCGGGUUCAUUUUACGGCCGUCUGUUUCCUCGAGCUUCCCUUCAUUUCGUUAACUCAUCAACUGCACUUCAUUGGCUUUCUAGAGUUCCAAAAGGGUCGGCAGGUGAUAUCAACUCAGCAUGGAAUAAAGGCAGGAUACAUUAUAGUAGUGCUUCAGAUGAGGUCUUUCGAGCUUAUACAGCUCAAUAUGUUAUGGACAUGGAAGCUUUUCUUCUUGCUCGUGGACACGAGAUUGGAUCUUGUCUUAUGGAAUUGGCGAAAACGGAUAUCGUGGAUGAAGCUAAAGUGGAUUCCUUCAACAUGCCGUCGUACUUAACAUCGCCUAAACAAGUGAAAGAAUUAGUAGUGAGAACCGGGUGUUUCACUAUAGAAAGAUUGAAGAUAUUGGAAACACUGUUUCCACCUGCAAGUGGUGCACAAAUACUUACCAACCAUAUGAGAGCUGCAACUGAAGAAAUCUUCAAGCAACACUUUGGGUUCAGUGAUGAUGAUUUAAACAAAUUGUUUGAUCUUUAUACCAAAAGACUUGUUGAUUCUCUCUCGAUCUUUACUAAAUCAUAA